AUGUUAGGCUUAGAUGAAUGGUUUUAUAAUUUCUCGCAAUUUAUAUUUGACUUGUCAACUCCAGAAAAUUUAGCGCUUAUAAAAGCUCCUUAUACAGAGAUGCAUAUUUAUGGAACGUUUAAAUGUGCUGAAAUUGGUUCUGUUAUUGGUGGCUUAAUUGCUCAUCCAAUAUAUAGGUUUUAUUUAUGGAACAAAGUUUCUCCCGGUACAAUGACAUCUAAUACGGGUAAAGUAAUCAGAAACAAAUGCCGAAAAUUACAGGGAAGAUUUCUACUUGGUGGUUUAUUUAUGGGACCAAUUAUGACAUUAGCUUACCAAAACAUUACACAAAUAACUGAAAAAGAAGCAAAAGAAUUUUGUUAUAAAGUGAGAUGUGACUCACAUGGUUUAGUACAAGAUAGAUCUGCUUUUGCCUUUGGACUUAUUGGAUGGUAUUGGAAAAGAUUUCAAGGAGCUGUAGAUGGAGUGAACUUAGGUCUAUUUUAUUCGUUGAUUCAUAAAUAUCUUAUAGCAGAACAUGGUACACCUUUAUUUAAGGAUAAUGUUUUACCAGAUCAAAGAUUGCCAAGUGUAGAAGAUUUAGAAAAAAGAUCUUCUAAAUUUAAGAAAUUUAUUUUAGAAAAUGAACAUUGGAAAGAUUUAAAAUAA